UGUCUCGCUUUUACGUAGAUCGUCAGUCCCGUGUAAACAUGUUUAUGCGUCGCUAGUUGUAUAUGUAUUAAUUUAUGUUACAUUAGGCCAGAUGUGACAUUAAGGGGUUGUGUUGAGCGUGUUCGCACCGGAAGUGGAGUUUGACAGCAGGUGGAAUCCGGGUGACUCUCUUUUCAUCUGCAAAUGUUUGUCUUUUGACACAUCAGCACACGGGAUUUCGCAAUGUGAAGGACAUAAAACUGAUGAGCAGGGGUAAAAACAUGGUCCGUAUCCGCUAGCGCUAGGACUGUUAUCCCUUGCAAAAUCAUCAGUGAGGGGGCAGGAUUUUCCCAGAACAACCAACCAGUCCAGCUCUUAGACUGGAAGCUCAACAGCCCUGAGCAAAGAGCAAAAGUCCACACCCCCUCCGCUCACAUUGCUGCACUGGAGACUGGAUCGAUGCCUCUUGAGGAACCUGAAAAGAACGAGGACUUUUCUAAGUAAAGGAUCUAUUCUAUCGUUGCAGGAUUGUUGUCCAUCAGGACUAGAAGAUGUCUUUAGCUGCCUCUCUGCUUCUCGUCGCUCUUUGUGCCAACGGAGGAUACGGCGAUAAGGGAAAAGAGGCUCCGAGAACAGGCCAUGUUUCUGUGGUCAUAGUGGGAGGAACCGGAGACCUGGCGAGGAAAUAUCUGUGGCAGGGGUUCUUUCAGCUCUAUGUCGACCAGGUCAGUGGCGGAAACAGCUUUUCGUUCUACGCCGGCGGCCUGUCCCCGUCCGAGAAGGCCACACCGGUCCUUUUCGAGAUCCUGAAGGCAGUCGCCUGCUCCAAGGACGUGUCUCAGGAACGCUGCGCCAUCCUGAAGGAGCAGUUCCUGCGGCUCUCGCAGUAUCGACAGCUGAAAAGCCUGGAGGACUACCAGGAGCUGGCCAAGCACAUCGAGCAGCAGCUCCAGCAGGAGGGCAUGAAGGAAGCCGGCCGGCUCUUUUACCUCUCCGUGCCGGCGUUCGCGUACGCCGACGUCGCAGAGAAGAUCAACGGCAGCUGCAGGCCGGCCGGCGGGAGCUGGCUGAGGGUCGUGCUCGAGAAACCGUUCGGACACGACUACAGGAGCGCACAAGUGUUGGCAACUGAACUCCUGAGCGCGCUGAAGGACGAAGAGAUGUACAGAAUUGACCACUACUUAGGAAAGCAGGUGGUCUCCAAGAUACUUCCGUUCAGGAUAGAGAACAGAAAGUUUUUGGAUCCCAUCUGGAACAGACAUCACAUCGAGAGGAUAGAGAUUGUUUUGAAAGAGACUCUGGAUGUUAAAGGUCGUAUUCCCUUCUAUGACGAGUACGGAGUGAUCCGAGAUGUCCUGCAGAACCACCUGACCGAGGUCAUGACUCUGCUGGCGAUGAAGCUCCCUGCCAACGUGAGCAACAGUGAAGAAGUUCUCCGAAACAAGCUGGAGGUCCUCAGCUCCAUGCUGCCUUUAGGAAAGAAUCAAGCUGUGAUCGGACAGUACCAGAACUACAAAAGCGAGGUUCAACAGGAGCUGAAUAAAACUAAGGAGCAUGUCAGCCUGACGCCAACAUUCGCAGCUGUUCUGGCCCAUAUCGACGAGGCGCAGUACGAAGGCGUGCCCAUUCUCCUGAUCUCGGGGAAGAUGUUGGACGAGCGCGUGGGGUACGCGCGCGUGCUUUUCAAGAACGACGUCUUUUGCCUUCAGAGCCAGAACAACGUUCACUGCAGACCUAAACAGAUCGUCUUCUACUUUGGACACGGCAGCCUUGAAUAUCCAGCGGUUCUGGUCAGCAAGAAUCUAUUCAAACCGGCUUUAACAGGCGGCGAGUGGAGGGAAGUGACGGAGCACAAAGACGUCAGCGUUUUGGGUUUGCAGAUUUCUGAUUACUACGUGCAAACCCCAGCAACAGAAAAGGAGGCUUACUCGCAGCUCAUCUCUCACAUCUUUGCUGGACAGAAGAAUAAUUUUGUAAGCACUGAAAACCUUUUGGCCUCCUGGGAAGUAUGGACUCCACUCCUCAGCAACCUAAAGGGCGCUUUCCCCCGGAUAUACCCCGGCGGCGCUGACAACGGAGACAUGCUGGACGUUCACCUGAGGGGGAAAGAAAUCCGCUACAACAGCGAGGUGGUGAUAAUCAGCCCUGAUCAGAUGGGGGGGACGUCGGCGGACAGUUUCCAGGUGAUGCAGGGGAAAUUUCGCAGCGCUGAGAUGGUGUCCGCCUGGACGGAGGAGCUGGUGGAGAGGCUGGCUGCGGACAUGCAGGAAGCGGCGGAGGCAGCCGUGCGGGAGAGCGGGGUCUUCCACCUGGCCCUCUCCGGAGGCUCGACUCCCAUCGCUCUCUUCCACAGGCUGGUCCUGCACCACUUCUCCUUCCCCUGGAGAGACACGCACGUCUGGAUGGUGGACGAGCGCUGCGUCCCUCUCACCGAGAGGGAGUCUAACUUCCACAGCAUGCACGAACACCUCCUGCACCACGUGAGGAUCCCGUACUACAACAUCCACCCCAUGCCGGUGCAGCUCAACCAGCGUCUCUGCGUGGAGGAGGACGGAGGAGCCCAGCUGUACGAGAAAGAGAUCAACAAAGUCGUCAACGGAUCCAGCUUUCAUUUCGUGGUGCUGGGCGUCGGCUACGACGGCCACACGGCGUCUCUGUUCCCCGGUGGGAAGCUGAACGAGCUGGGAGAAGGUCUGGUGGCUCUCACGGAGAGCCCCAUCAAGCCUCACCGGCGAAUGAGCCUCACUUUUAGAGCCAUUAACCGAGCGCGCACCGUCGCUCUUCUGGUGAUGGGCAAAGGCAAACAUGAGCUGGUCACCCAGCUGAGCCGAGUCAAGGACAACCUGGAGAAAUAUCCCGUCACAUGGGUGAAUCCAGCUGAUGGAAGGCUGGUUUGGUAUAUAGACUAUGAUGCACUUUUAGGCUAGAGGCCUAUAUUUUUCCUCAUUUUCAGUCAGAAUGUAGCUGCUUUGAUGGAAACACUAGUUAGGGAAGCAAUACAAAACCAAUGAACCAGCUCAGAAGUCCAGUAACUUGAGUUUUUUUUUUUCUUUAACUACAAAUCACAAUUUACUAAACAUUUCCUCCACCUUGAGCUCGUGACCACAGUCAGAAGUUUACAUACACUCACCAUGGCAUCGAUGGCAUUAGUUUUUGACUUUUAUUCAUUUUAGCCAUUCAAUUUCUACUCAAAUGACAGAAAAUACAACUUCAAUAACUUCUAAAAACUAAAAAUUGGUUCAGUCUCUUGGAUUUUAUUUUCUAACCCAUUUGUUGGUCUGAAAGCGACAUUAGGUGAACAAUCUGUAAAAUCCAAAGAGCCAUAUUUGCCCUUGUCCUAUAGAAUAUACAAGUCUUAUUAGCACCUCCUGUAUAAAUUAUUUAUAUUUUAAGCUUAAGACAAAUAAAAAACAAAUUAGUUUAAAAGAAUAUUAAAAUAUUUAAUUUUGGGGGAUUAAAUGUUGUGUAUUUAUGGAAAAUGAAGGAACAACAUAGUUUGCAGCCUACUGUGAAAUGAAAGGACUAAACAACAAAAAUAUUUCUUCUGUCAUUAGAGCCAUUCUGUUCUGGAUGUUUUGUGCAAAUAUGGGUUGAAAAAAAAAAAAACACAGGUAAUGCUAACAUCCCCUUUCCACUUGCUUACAGUUCAAAACACUCCUCAGUUCUUGAUCGCUUUUAGCCAAGCCUGUGAAGAGCCACUGUGGACAGUCGGAUGUUGCAGCAGAACAAAGAUCCCAAACGAACAUCAAAAAGCGGUUUUAGCAUGAAUAAAAUAUAUCUGCAGUCAUGACUCCAACUUGACCUCUGCUGGCAAUGCAUGGACUAUACCUAAGUCAGGCUCUUCAAAUAUGAAAAGAAUUAUUGAAAUGAAUAAUUAAAAGGCCCAAAUAUAUAUGACAUUGAUGCCUGUGGUAGAUGUAAACGUCUGACCUGCACUAUAAGUAAGUCAAGAAGCUCUGAGAUCAGUGAAAACUGCUGAAGGUUCCCUGAUUAAUGGAAACUGGGACCCUCUAAGACUCCAGGAGGCCCAUUAGUUAUACCUAGUUAAUAAAAGCCCUGCAGUGUGGUGAUAAACCUAAUCUUUAAAAGCAGGCGAAAGUCUUGAGUACCGGCAGUUUAUAGAUGAUGGAUAAAAGAUAUUUGGGUUUUUUUCUAUUAAAAGAAGAAACCUUAUGUGAAAUGUGUGGAUGAAUGCAGUUGUAGACUAAAAAAAAAAUAAAAAAAAAGUGAGCUGAGUGGAAAUGUAGACAGAUAAGAGGCCUCUAUCUUUCCAGUUUAUGGUAGAAAGUUUAUAGCGUGUGAUGGUGGGAAAACUGGUGUUUAGAGCCAAACAAACUGGACUGAUUUGUUUUAGACAGAACUAAUAGUUCUGGUUUGUUAGUGGGAAUCAAACCACAUCUCAGGUGUAUCUGCAGAUUCUGCGUAAUCUGCCGUUCUAGAUUUUAAGAUUGUUUGGUUACGGGGUUACAAUGCAACUUAAAUUGUGUUUUCCUGAAUUUAUAGUGUGAUGAAAGUUCUUGUUGCUCCAGAGAUUUUUGAACAGUAGACAUUCCUUUGUGGUCAUUUCUUUACAAUCUGCAGGUGAUUUUUUUUUUUUUUUUUUAUAAUUCUUUCAUGCAUUUCAGUGAGCUGUUCAUGAGGUUCACCUUGAGUGUUUUUUUUUUCUUUCAAUAAAAGUCUGAUGGUACUAUA